UUGAUAUUUUAGAUAAGGAAAUACAAAAACAAUUCAAAAUGACUGUGGAUGUAAAUAAUCGAGAUAGAAUUCUUGGUGACUAUCGAAAGAAAUUGCUUGAGCAUAGAGAAGUUGAAGCAAGACUGAAAGAAGUGAGAGAACAGCUCAAAGAUUUCACCCGUGAAUAUGACAAAUCCGAAAAUAACUUAAAAGCUCUCCAAAGUGUUGGACAAAUUGUCGGUGAAGUCCUGAAGCAGUUAACUGAAGAAAAAUACAUUGUGAAAGCUACAAAUGGACCAAGAUAUGUUGUUGGAAUUCGAAGAGGAAUUGACAAAACUAAACUUCGACAAGGCACUCGGGUUGCUUUAGAUAUGACAACCUUGACAAUUAUGAGAAUGUUACCCCGAGAAGUCGACCCUCUUGUCUACAAUAUGUCGCACGAAGACCCUGGAAAUAUUUCAUAUGGUCAAAUUGGUGGACUGUCUGAACAAAUUAGAGAAUUAAGAGAGGUUAUCGAGUUACCAUUAAUAAAUCCUGAAUUGUUUCAAAGAGUUGGUAUUGCACCACCUAAAGGCUGUUUGCUGUAUGGACCACCUGGUACUGGUAAAACGUUACUGGCAAAAGCUGUUGCCAGCCAGUUGGAUUGUAAUUUCUUAAAGGUCGUAUCUAGUGCUAUCGUUGACAAAUAUAUUGGCGAAAGUGCACGGUUAAUUCGUGAAAUGUUUGCUUAUGCUAGAGACCAUCAACCUUGUAUCAUAUUUAUGGACGAAAUUGAUGCGAUUGGUGGUCGAAGAUUUUCAGAAGGUACAUCAGCUGACAGAGAAAUUCAACGGACUCUUAUGGAGCUUCUUAAUCAAAUGGACGGUUUUGAUGUUCUUGGACAAGUGAAAAUGAUCAUGGCUACAAAUCGACCUGACACACUUGAUCCAGCUUUGUUACGACCAGGACGUCUUGAUAGAAAAAUACAUAUUGACCUACCAAAUGAACAAGGCAGAAUGGAUAUUUUAAAGAUUCACGCUGGCCCAAUCACAAAGCAUGGCGAAAUAGAUUACGAAGCUGUUGUGAAACUCUCAGAUGGUUUUAACGGUGCCGAUCUUCGAAAUGUCUGCACAGAAGCAGGUAUGUUCGCUAUCCGCUCGGAACGUGAUUACGUAAUACAAGAAGAUUUCAUGAAAGCCGUGCGAAAGUUGAGUGAUAAUAAGAAACUGGAGACGAAGUUGGAUUACAAACCGAUUUAAACUGUAUGAAUAUUAGAAACGUUGAUUAAUCUUGAAAUAUAACGGAACAAAAAAUGUGGUAUUUUUUUGUG